AUGGAGCUGUGCGAUGCUGUCAGGGAUGGGGGCGUCAACUUAUUUUGCGGGGCGGUCCACGCAGCUUCAAACGCUGGUUGGUUGUGGUGUGAUGGUAUUAAAGAGCGCUCACGAAGAGGACGGCAAUGCGGGAAUCGCGACUGGCAUCACCGACGGAACGGCUGCGGACGGUGUUCGCGGUUGGAAAAGUGCAUUACUAGUUUGCUUCGAAUGCUGGAGACUCUCGUACUAAUGCAGGUCGCGGCAUCGAUGUGGCGCCUCAGGCCAGGUGGGGGGUUAUCCCCUGCUACCGAUGAUGCGAUCGACGGUAUGAUGUUACGCGGUACAUGACCCCGUGGUUAAGGCCUACUCACAGAUUCAUUCGCACACAUGGUGAUGUUUUGGGAGUUUUGGAGUGUGCAUAUCAUUCUAAAUGGCAGGCCUGAACGGUAUGUCCAAGGCGAAUCGAUAGCUUAUGUCGGUGUCAUUGUAGAUAAUAAGUGGAUUUAGGUGCGCGUGAGGAAUUGUGCUGUAGCAUUUAAGACUUGUAGUCUAGAACACCAAGAGUUUUCGUUUCUUGUUGCAAUCUAAUUCAAACGGUCGUUUUGUUAUAAUAGGUUCGUGUGUGUAGGGUUCCGAAUCACAACAUCUUUAUUUGCACUAAGAGUGUUGGCGUGCUUCUAUUUGAUCUUUGCCUAGAAUAGACUAACUACAUGGGUGUGUGUUGUGUUUCGUCAAUACGGCGUCCUUU